AUUUUGACUUACCGUCACACUACAGUACUGGGUAGCACUCGUCAAAUUUUACGAAAGAGAACAAUUAGCUCUCAGGCCAGGUAAGGAUCAGAUAGUUAGCCGCUAGCUUGCACGGUGGCUUGACAGAGCGGUAGGCGGCGUGCUGUGGGCGGAAGGCGGCUAAUCUGCGAGCUCAGUCCCUGUGGGCGGGCGGCCGCUCGUUCAGGAGCGUCAUUGAAAAAUUACUGCGGUGGGUGUUGCCUUGUAAGUGUCAAGCUAGCCGCCUUGCACAGUUUACUCUUAGGAGCUAAGUGGCGGUAAUGCCUACUUAGCGCCAGCGCUAUUCUUUAGGAAGGGGUGGGAGCAUAGUAACUUUGUGGACUUUGGAAAACGCUGCCUUACUCGGUUAGGCUACAACUGUUGCUCCCCCGAUGACUUCCUCGUUCUCAGCCUGGUUUUGGAGCGAAAGAUUUUGGCUUCCCGAAAAUGUUUCCUGGGCGGACCUGGAGCAUCCACCACCUGGCGUGGAGUACCCUCGAGUGGGAGAUAUACUUUACGCCCUUCCGUUGGCUGUUGGUGUUUUUGUGUUAAGGAUCCUGUUCGAAAGGCUAGUGGCCAAGCCCUGUGCCCACAUACUUCAGAUUCAGGCAGGAGUGCAUCGACAAGCCCAGUCCAAUGCUGUCCUGGAGCGGGUGUAUCUGUCCAAAACGUGUCCAGAUGCAAAGCAACUGGAGGGACUUUCCAAACAAGUGGACUGGGAUGUACGAAAAAUACAGAGAUGGUUUCGUAUCCGUCGCAAUCAAGACAAGCCCAGCAUGCAGAAAAAGUUCUGUGAGAGCAUGUGGCGGUUCACAUUUUAUUUGGGGAUUUUUAUUUAUGGCGUUCGUCAUUUAUGGGCAUCGCCCUGGACGUGGAAUACCAGACUAUGUUGGGACAACUAUCCCUUUCAGCAUCAGAGUCCUCAACAAUUCAAUCACUAUGUGGCUGAGCUGGCUUUCUAUUGGUCUCUGAUGUUUUCCCAGUUUAUAGACAUAAAACGUAAGGAUUUCAUCAUCAUGCUUGUCCACCACCUGGCCACCAUUUUCCUCAUCACGUUCUCCUACGCCAACAAUAUGUUAAGAGCUGGCACUCUGGUCAUGUGUGUGCAUGAUGCAUCAGACAUCUUCCUUGAGGCAGCCAAGCUUGCCAACUAUGCCAAAUACCAGCGGCUGUGUGAUGGUCUGUUUGUUGUGUUUAGCAUCAGCUUUUUCAUCGCUCGACUUGUCAUCUUUCCUUUUUGGAUUAUUCACAGCGUUUUGAUAGAGAGCUGGGAGAUUUGUGGCCCGUACCAUGCCUGGUGGCUUUUGAAUGGCCUACUGUUCGUCCUGCAGACUCUUCAUAUUAUCUGGUUCUACCUCAUUGCGCGCAUUGCAAUUAAAGCCAUAUUCAAGGGAAAGGUGGCAAAGGAUGACCGUAGUGACAUCGAAAGCAGCUCAGACGAAGAGAUUCAUUCCAGCAGCAGUAAACACCAAAAUCAAACAAGUGGCCCCAACAGUAACAGUAACCUCAAUGGAGAGAAACAUAACCACUAAGGAAAAGUGUGGAAAAUGUAGUUGUAUGGAUUUGUUCACUUCCAUUGUGCCUUUGCAACUCACCUUGUCACCUUUGACCAUCAUAGAAGAUAACCAAAGAAAAGACUGUGAAAUGCAGUUGAUCCUUUUUACACUAUGUGAUGUUUACACGUGCUUCGUGCUUGCAAGAAUGACCAGAAAAAUUGUUUGAGCAAACAAGACAGGUUUGCCUUCUUGCUGCAUAUGUAUGCCUGUGUGCCGACAGUAAGUGUGUACGUUAUUAUGGCAGAAAUUGCGUUGUAAAACAUAUCAACACAACUGUCAAUAUCAUUUCAUGCAAUGAAUUACAUUUUAUUACUGAUGGUUGCUUUUUUUUACUGCUGGAAAUCCCUGAAUCUGCCAAACUGAGAACAAUUCAGAGAUCGUUUCCAAAUACAUUUUCUUAAUAAAACAUUCUUGUACCAAAGCAAAGAAAUAGUAGGAUUUGUGUUAUAUUGUGAAUUUUCAGAUGAACUUGAUUUUCCAAUUUCUCUGAAACAUUAAAUGCAUUUUGUGAUUCGCAAGCUGUUUUCCUUUAUCACACACAUUGCACUUUGAAUAUUAGUAGAAUUACAUAAGACUGUCAAACGUAUUGUUAGGCUAGAAGGGUCACAAAUACAUACACG